AUGUCGAUCUUGUCAGGUCCAGUGAUUGGGACCGUCCAAGCGAAGCAAGCUACAAACUAUGAUCACUUGAUCUUGAUUCCAGCUAGUCGCGAACAAUACUUGACUAGUUUGUCAUCCCACGCAAGCCUUUGGGGGAGCACACUGACAGAAGAACAAUAUCUAAAGCGAGAAGAGGUUUUGAGUAUGACUGAAGCGUGUCGUGAUGCUCGUAGUCAAUGUUGGGUUCUAGUCUCAAAGGAUGCUCCAGAUUCACUUGAUUAUUAUUGCUCGUGCGAGACGAUGAAACGAGAGGUGAUCUGCGCCAUUGGCUCUCGGCAGCUUGUACCUCCAAAACCACUCGCCAUCCUCCCAGCAUAUUCGAUUUGCUCCGUAUUCUGUCCACCUCAUCAUCGUGGAAAAGGUUAUACCCGUCAUAUGAUGCGCCUCUUGCAUUUUCAGCUCGCUUCUCCUGAUUGGCUUGCAACACAAUCAAACGUAGCUAAUCCUAAUCCUAGAUUCAACGACGCAAUCCUAUCGGUACUAUACAGUGAUAUCGGGCCAGAAUUUUAUGCCAAGGCUACUCCUCCUGGAUGGCAAGUUACAGAAAGUCUCCAAACAGUCUGGACCGUAGAUGAUUUGCCAGUAGCUGAUGGCUUUCCUACGAUGGAUCUCAAGCCGAUCCGCUUGAAAGAUUUCAAAUCUGUCGCUGAAUCGGAUUCCACAUGGCUACACCAAGAGUUGUCGAAAGAAAACGCGCAGAAAUCUGCCUGGUUCGCCUUCCGACCCGACGGUGCUGAUCUCGAAUGGCUGAUAACUAGAUCUAACUUUUAUGCAAAUAUCUUAAGGGAGUCGAGUAUACCAGACCUACUAGUGGUAGAUAUCUGGGGUUAUCAAAAGGAGCAAGAUGAUUCCGAAUUCAUCACCUGGUAUAUUGAUUAUCCAGCUGAAACGCUAUAUUUGGCUCGGGUUAGAUGUCAACCAGAAGAUUCAAUCUUCUUCAAGGUUGUUUUCAAUAAAGUGGUAGAGCUUGCUAAGGAGCAAAGAUGUAAAAUGAUCAAAUGUUGGAAUAUUGACUCUCGUCUGGUCAACAGUCUUGGCUUUCCUUCUCAGACUCAACCGAGAACAGAUAGUUUAUCAGCUGUAGCAUGGUAUGGCGAAACAAUAGACCAUUUAGAAUGGUUUGCAAAUGAAAAGCUCUUUUGGUGCUAA